AUGGCCCUAGUCAGCCUGGCUAGAGUCUUUCUAGUCUUGGCAUGGCUCCCUGUGCUGUCAGACAGUGCAAAGAUCACGGUCAGGACAAGAAAAGAAACGGUGAAGGUAGACAGUGUAGAGGACCCUCCUGACGGCGUGAUCGUGCGAAUUAUUGGCCCUCCUCAGGCCACGCCUGAGUCUUCUGAUUCAGCCGGUCAUGAUGCCCCAAAGAGAGCCUCAUCUACACAUGAUCAUAGCAAUCACGCUAACGAUCCACCUGCCGACAAGCAUGGCCAACCCGAGAAGCAAGAGCAGCACCACGCUCAUGAGCACGCUGAUGAUGGAGCAGCUCAUGAGAAGGAGCAUGCGCAGGGCAAGCACGGACACAGUGAUACCGAGCAUGUCCAAAGUGCAGAGCAUGCCCAUGAGACUCACUCACGUCCAGAGCACGGUCACGAACAUGGCGAGCAUGGCCAUGAAGUGCAAGCUCAUGGCGAUCACGGCCACGGCCAUGAGGACAUCCACAGUGAGACCUCCCAUGGAUCGCAUAGUCACGCAGACUCCAAUCAUCAUGGCCACGAUCAUGCUGAGCACGAUUCACAUGGCCACGGAGAAGGAGGUCACGCGCAUGAAGGCCAUGGCCAUCACGCCCCGGAUGACCAAACCUUGACAGCAUCCUACAUGUUGAUCGGCGGCGUCACUCUCGUCAUGGCCAUGUUCUAUCUCGUGCAGCACCCGGACCUGGACAUCAGAUACUACAGUUGGAACAUUCUUACUCUGUCUGCUUGCAUCUUCAUUGCUGUUCUGGCUUCUGAUGUGGUGAACCAAGUCGCAAAGCGAUUCUUGUUCUCGCACAUAUCCAUCGGUGGCUGGGGAAACGCAGGGCUUUGCUUUGGCUUGGCCAUCAUGUGGUUCUUGGCCUCCCAGGUUGUGACUGCUGUUUUGAGUGGUGCGUUUGGCGAGGAGGCUAAGGAGCCUAAGGAUGCCUCCAGCGAGGAGGAACGUCAAGAGCUUGAAGAGCUCUGGGAGCAGCGCGAGGUUGCAAUGAAAUGUUGGGGUGGCUUAGUGGCGCAUUGUGCCGGUUUCGCCAUUGUAGCAACGUUGGCUUCUUUACAGGAUUCUGAGCCCUUUGCCAGCUCCCCAGCUAUGUCGCUGCUGGUGGUUCCAGCCGCUCUUAUCCUUGUCACUCUCCUUUACCGCCUAGCAGCCUUUACGAGAAAGAAAAUUAGCGAAAUGGACGAUGGAGUGGUGAGCCGUGGUGAAGCAUUGUGGGAUGAAAUCUCAGAGGAGGCUGAGAACGAGUCUCUUUGCUUAGGAUUGUCGUUCGCUUCCGUCCGAAGCAUCAGCUUCUUUGCCAUUGGUGCAAUGCCGGACACGCACUUCCACGUCUAUGCUGAUGUCUCAACUGACAGCUGGCACCACGGCUGGAUUGUCUUGUUCACCGUGUCAGUCGUUUCCAUGCUCCUGGGCAUCGCAACAUUCAAGUUGAAGGAGAAAAUGUUCGGAGGACAUGGUCACGGUCACGACGCGCAUGAACACGUUGCGGAUGAGCACGGAGGCGAGACUGCAGAGAUGGACGAAGAUGACAUUCGCUUGCGGGCGUUGCUGAUCCUCACCGAGACAUUCAUCAUGAUGUUUUCCUGGGGCAUGCUCUCUUGUGGUAUCGCGAUGAUGAACGCGUUCCUGCCAACCCUCGAGCAUCAUUUGAUCGGCCACCUGAUCGUAGCGCUUGUUGUCUCCGCCAUUUCAUGCUUGAUGUUGCUCGGCCUUGAUAAAGUGGCAGAUGCACUGAAAGGUGGCGGUGGUGCGGAGUCAACACUUCAUAUCAUCAACCACAUCAUUCUGGCGCACGGCUUGCUCAUCGGCAUCAGCUGGGAGGUCUGCUUUGCCCUGGGCAUGCAUGCCAUUAGUCAUGUAAUGGAUGGGCCGAAUGUUGACAUCUACCUUGCCGUCUUCCUGUGCAUUGUCGUCGUGCCGGCUUACCGCUUGUUCAUGUUGCCAGAACUAAGGACUCGAGAGGCCAAGAUCAAGAGCCACUGA